UAUACAAUAACGGUUUACUCAUCAACGCCUGUACGUUGUCACGGGCGUCUAACAGCUCGGUUGCACACAGGCGCCGCGGGCGAGCAGCAGUACUCACUGCGAUGGAAUGACUUCCACUCAGCCAUGGUGUCAUCCUUCAGGCGGCUCCGCGACGAGGAAGACUUCGUCGAUGUCACGCUAGCAUGCGCUGGCGCUACGUUUACCGCGCACAAGGUGGUGCUAUCAGCUUGCAGUCCAUACUUCCGUAGGUUAUUGAAAGCGAAUCCAUGCCAGCAUCCGAUAGUUAUUCUACGAGAUGUUCAUGACAAAGAUAUGGAAAGUUUAUUAAGGUUCAUGUAUCAGGGUGAAGUUCACAUCGGUCAAGAGCAAUUAAAAGAGUUCCUAAAAGCCGCUCAACUUUUACAAGUCAGAGGGUUGACAGACGUCCCUCCGCCGGCGCCGUUAGCCACACUCGAUCAAAAGGCAUCUCCGGUAAGUAAACUGACUAACGGGGUAGGAAGUGAAAAGUCGGCGUCGUCGUGGACAGAGACGGGCAGCGGGGCGUCUCGCGAGGGGCGGGAGGGGCGCGAGGGGCGCGAGCCGCAGGCGCGCGAGGGACGACGCGCGCGCCGCGCGGACGACGCGCCUUGCACGCCGCCGCCCAAGCGCGCGCGUUCCUCCGACCUCUAUCAGGCGCAGAUGAAGACCAGAGUUUUCCUUUACUGGUGUAGGACGGAGCAGCUGCUGGCGGCGCAGGGCUCGAGUCCCGAUCGUCUCGGAACCAACGGACACGAACUGGCGCUAUUCAGCCAAGCCUUGGAGAACGUUCAACAUCACAACCUUUCUGGAGUAUCCAACAAUCUAUCAGGCGAUGGUGAGGACUCAUCCUCCGACGCCGGCGCGAGCGACACUGAAAUUGACAACCGAGCAAAGCAAGAACCCCUAGACUACGACGAUCCCGCGACUAUGGCAAAUACUAACGGAGCGCUUCCUCACAACUUCCCCGGACUCUUAAAUUUACCAGGUUUCCCUGGACUACCUGGGCCGUCGGGGAUACCGGAUAAUUUCGGAGGCUGUCGUCGAACUCAAGAUCUAUUGCGCGUGAGAGCUACGGACCCGAGACCCUGUCCCAAAUGUGGAAAGAUAUACAGAUCAGCACACACUCUUAGAACACAUCUCGAGGAUAAACAUACUGUUUGCCCAGGAUACCGAUGCGUGCUGUGCGGCACGGUGGCGAAGUCGCGCAACUCGCUACACUCACACAUGUCGCGCCAGCACCGCGGCAUCUCGACCAAGGACCUGCCCGUCCUGCAGAUGCCCACGCGCUUCGACCCCGAGCUAGCCAGCCAGUUGCUGGCCAAGGCGGGCGUGAAGGUGUCCGCGGAGCAGCUGCGCGCGCGCGCCUCGCCCACGGGCGCGCGCCGCUGCGACGUGAAGCUGGACGCCAAGUCCGCCGCCUCGGAGACCAGCUCGCUGUGCGGCGACCACGACGACGAGCUCAGCCAGUCCAAGUACCAGGACUCGCUGCCCGUCUCGCCGCCGCAUAUAAACAGCUUAACGAAUACGACCAUCACUAAAGUGCCAGCGGUCCGCGCGGUUACAGCCAAGGCGGUGGAGAGUCUGCCGCACAGCCUCGGCCUCAAGCACGACGACUACCCGCCGGGUUUCGGCGGCUCCGCCAUCUUAGACACGUACCUCCAGUACAUCGGUGAAAACGUAUUUGGGAUGAACGCCGCUAAGCUGGCGCAGAUGAACGCCAUGCACAUGGACCGGAAGUCCUACGAGGAGCCCUCGCCGCAGAUGGGCUCGCUGCCGCCGCCGCCGACCACGCUGGCGCACCAGCGCUUCCUCAAGCAGAUGCAGCGCCAGUACGCCGAGCACGCGGGCAAGCCGGACAUCCUGCGCGACUCCGACGAGCCGCUCGACCUCGGCAAGGAGCGCCAGCGGGGCGGCAGCCUCGGGGACGAGCCCGAGCGGCCGGAGCGGCCCGAGCGGCCGGACCGUCCGGACCGUCCGGAGCGGCCGGACCGGCCCGACCGGCCCGACGAGCGGGACGCGGGCGCGCCGGACUGCCGCGGGCCGUGCGAGGAGCGCGGCUCGCCGGCGCCGGCGCGCGAGGGCGGCGAGCUGGCGUCAUGA